GUUGCUUCAAUAAUAGUAAUAAGUUAAGGGUAUUAGAGGAGGUGUGUUUGUUGGGCGUGCGUGAAGAUCAGAUGGGGGCAAGUUGGGCCAGGCCAGCCCGUCAAAAACAGAUCCAGAUCCAGAUACAGUCCUGGACUAAUAUGGCCUGACCUGACCUGUCCUAGCCGCUGUUGGGACCACAAAGCAAUUCAGCCCUUUGCCUGCUUAAGCCAGGUCUCCAAGUACGGACACGCUGCAGCUGAGUGUGCGAGGAACUCGAAGUGGAAGUGGAGCAAUCAGAUUGUUGAAUGAAUGAAUGACUGGAUGAAUUUUGUGCAAGCAAGUAUCAAUGGUGUGGUGUGGUGUGGUGUAUUGCAGCCCAGCCUGGCUGGCACUCAUUCACACUCUCUCUCUCUCUCUCUCUCUCUCUCUCAGAGGUAUGCUACAGGGAGCAGAAUGGCGCGUGGAAAGACGGUUGGGGUUAGGGUUGGGGUUGGGAGGCAGCAGCAUAUAAGGAGAAGAAUUCAUAAAAGCGGGGUGGGGCGAUGCAUGGAGCCCACCACCCAUGUGCCCUCCUCCUGUCUCCACCACCCCCUGCUCGCUCGCUCGCUCGCUCUCCUCUCUCUCCCCCUGUUGCUGCUCCUCCUCCUCCUGCCUCCAAUCCUCCAAUCAUUAUUACUACUCUCUCUCUCUCUCUCUCACUCUCCCCUCCCACUACUCAUUCAUCGACUCACCUGUCUGUUUGUUCGUUUGUUUAUAUCACUCUAUCCAUCCUUCCAUCCAUCUAUCUUUGUUUAUUCAUUAUUGCUGUUACUCCCUCCUCCUCCCUCCUCCGUGGAUUUCUUCUCAUUUAAUUCCCUGCUUUUUUCUAUAUCAUCACCAUCAUCAUCACUCCCUAAUCUUUUUUAUUUUUAUUUUUUCACUUACUAUGUCAGCGUCGGCAGCUGCUGCUCAUGACGGUGCUAAUGGCGCUGCUCUCGAUCCUCCUCCCCCUCCCCGCCACCCCCAACUUCUCCCUGCCCCCUCCGCCCCCAAGAAGCCCCCCGCCAAGGACCGUCACAGCAAAGUCGACGGCCGCGGCCGCCGCAUCCGCAUGCCCAUCAUCUGCGCCGCCAGGGUCUUCCAGCUCACCCGGGAGCUCGGCCACAAGUCCGACGGCCAGACCAUUGAGUGGCUGCUUCGUCAGGCCGAGCCUUCCAUCAUAGCCGCCACCGGCACCGGCACCACCCCUGCCACAUUCUCCACCGUCUCACCCUCCUCCGCUCGUAAUUCUGCCUCUUCCUCUUCCUUCUCUGCCUCCGGCCUCGACCACAAGCCCCUUUCCCAUUCCCUCCUCGCCCCCACCCCCUUCAUUCUUGGCAAGCGCCUGCGCUCCGACGAUGAUGACCAAACCCAACACCUCUCCAAGGACGAUGUCGCCGUGGGCCCUACGGUCGCUGCUGGGGGUUUCUGGGCGCUUCCUGCAAGGCCAGACUUUGGCCAGGUCUGGAGCUUUGCCGCUCCUCCACCUGAAAUGGUGGUCGCCGCUGCCACCGGACCAAGCAAUUCCCACCACCAGCAGCCGGCUUCUUUGAGGUUUAUGCAGCAGCAACAGCCGUUGGGAAUCGGAGAGGCCUCUGCCGCGAGGGUCGGUAAUUAUCUCCCAAUCGCCCAAGUACAGGGACACCACCUCAAUUUACUCGCAUCUCUAUCUGGUCCUCCUCCCCAAUCUUCUGAACAGCAGAGGGAUGGUGAUGCCAGUUGAAUGGUGUUUCCGUUUGUUAAUAUUUAAUCGAUGCAGUCAUUUGGGUUUGCAUUAGUGAGUGAAUGCCUGCUUUGCUGUCUACGUUGUUGCUUUCUGUUGCUUGAUUGCUGGUUCCGGGGUACCUUAAUUAUCCCAUAUGCUAGUGGUGGUGUAAAAUUCUGGGGCUUUGCUUCUGUUGAUUGCCUUGCGUUUUCAUUGUUCAUGAUGCUGGUGUUGAUAAGUUCUCUAUCCAGUGUUUGUAUUAGACUUCAGAGUGCUUUUAUUUGUAGCUGUUGUUUGGUUGAUGGAAAUACUCCAAUUUGUGUAAGAACGUUAGACAAUAAAGGAAAUUAUUUCACAUUGA